AUGAACAAAGAGACAAAAAAAAACGAUACGAUGAAUGAUGAUGGAUCGUCAUCGUCAUCGUCAAACACGAAGAUGGACGUGGAUGUAUUGGUAGAUGAGACCUACUUCUCUGCUUUAUUCGAUUACGAUGAAGUUUUCCCAAUCUCUGACGAAAACUACGCGACGGAGCUCCAUCUCCAAGAAGCUCUGUUCUCUUCCUUGAUCGCUUCAAAGGUUGAGGUGAACCACCAUCCCCAGCUCCAAAGACAUGUCUCCACGCCGAUUAAACAAGAAGUAGAGAUCAAAAUCGAGAACGAAUCCGCUCAGCCAUCUAGAAGUUUGUGUGUGAUAUGUAUGGACGAAAAGCCUUUCUCCGACAUCUUCCAAGGUACACGAACCUGCACUCACUCCUACUGCACCGAGUGCACCAUCCGUUACGUGGCGACCAAGAUCAAAGAAAACUCCGCAAGGAUCAAAUGCCCUGACGUGGAGUGCACGCGUUUGAUAGAGCCGUACAUGUUUCGAGAUCUGAUCCCAAAGGAUGUGUUCGAGCGUUGGGAGAUAAUCUUGUGCGAGUCGUCGAUAUCUUCGUGUGACAAGUUCUAUUGUCCGUCCAAAGACUGUUCAGCUAUGAUGCUGACGGAUGAUGGAAGUAAUGCUAGCGUGACGCAGACGGAGUGUCCUUCUUGUCACAGACUCUUCUGCGCUCAGUGUAAAGUUACGUGGCAUGCCGGGAUUGACUGCGAGGAGUUUCAGAGAUAUGGGAACACGAAGAAAAAGAGCAGUGACGAAGAAGAUGCUUUGUUGAUUCAGAUGGCGAAAAAUAAGCAGUGGAGGAGGUGUCCUAGUUGUAAGUUCUAUGUCGACAAAGUCGAUGGCUGUUUGCAUAUAAGUUGCAGGUGUGGAUUUCAGUUUUGCUAUGGCUGUGGUUCGGCGUGGGGUUCUUCUAAUCAUGCAUGUCGAACCUAA